AUGUCCCGGAUGUCCCAGACGUUCCCGCGCUGCUCCUCAGAUCCUGGGGUUGGAUUGUGCGUCCCUGAGGCUAUGCUGCCAGAGUGUGCUAUGGGUUUACAAGAGCAACAAAAGAUGAAUAAAUUUCUGGAGUUGGUGUCAUUUGAGGAGGUGGCUGUGGACUUCACCUGGGAGGAGUGGCAGGACCUGAAUGAUGCUCAGAGGACUUUGUAUAGGGAUGUGAUGCUGGAGACCUACAGCAACCUAGUGUCACUGAAUGUCCAGAUCGAUGACCUAGUAGAGAGGAACCAAGAAAGUCAUGGUAGAUGCUUGCAGCAAAUUGUAUUCUCCAACAGCAACACUUCAUCUGAGGAGAGAGUUGUGUUUGGAAAAUCAUUUUAUUUAAAUUCAUAUCAUGUUUUAAAUUGGGUUAUAAAUAAUGGAAACCAUUCAGGAACGGGACAUGAGGACUUUUACAUAUGUCAGAAUGCACUUCUUCCUAGGGAGCCUGAGGAGAUGCCUGCUGGAGAGAAACCUGAUGACCAUCGUACAACUGAAAAAUUGCCCAGACUUCAUGAGCAUCUUAGUCAGCAUGAGCAUCUUAGUCAGCAUCCCAAUAUUCAAUCUGUGCAGCAGCCUUUAGAAUACAGUGGAAAAGGGAAAUCCUCCAACACAGAGCCAAUGAUAUUUACACUUCAGAAGAUUCAUAUUGAUGAGACCACCUAUAAGUAUAAUGAAUACGGGAAAGGCAAUGGUAAGUCAGCUGUCAUUGCCCAAGAAGUAAAUCAGGUAGAAAGGAAAACUUCUCAAUCGGGUAUAUGUGGUGAAGUGUUCUAUAAAAAUUCUGAAGUGACUAAAGAUCAGCUUAUGCACACAGGAGAGAUCCACAUUUUAUAUCAGAGAACUCAUACAGGUCAUAAACCACAUGAAUGUAAAGGAUAUGGAAAAGCUUUUAGCAAAAAGUCACACAUCUGCAGGCAUGGGAGAACUCACACAGGUGAGAAAACAUAUGAAUGUAAAGAAAGUGGAAAAGCUUUUAACCAAAAGUCAGAUUUCAGCAGGCGUGAUAGAAUUCAGAGAGGUGAGAAACCACAUGAGUGUAAAGAAUGUGGGAAAGCUUUUAGUGAAAAGUCACACAUCUGCAGGCAUGAGAAGCCAUAUGAGUAUAAAGAAAGUGGAGAAGCUUUUAACCAAAUGUCAGAUUUCAGCAGGCCUGAGAGAAUUCACAGAGGUGAGAAACCAUAUGAAUGUAAAGAAUGUGGGAAAGAUUUCAGCCUAAAGUCAAACCUCAGCAUUCAUCAGAGAACUCACAUGGGUGAGAUACAAUAUGAAUGUAAAGAAUGUGGGAAAGGUUUUAGUGGAAAGUCAACCCUGAGCAUUCAUCAGAGAAAUCACACAAAUGGGAAAUCAUAUGAAUGCAAAGAAUGUGGAAAAGCUUUUAGCAAAAAGACAUGCCUCAGUAUUCAUCAGAAAAUUCACACAGGUGAGAAACCAUAUGAAUGUAAAGAAUGUGGGAAAGCUUUUAGCCAAAAGUCACACCUCUGCAAGCAUGAGAGAACUCACACAGGUGAGAAGCCAUUUGAAUGUGUAGAAUGUGGAAAAGCUUUUAGCCAGAAGACAUGCCUCAGCAUUCAUCAGAAAACUCAUACAGGUGAGAAACCAUAUGAAUGUAAAGAAUGUGGGAAAGCUUUUAGCGAAAAGUCAAACCUCUGCAAGCAUGAGAGAACUCACACAGGUGAGAAGCCAUAUGAAUGUAAAGAAUGUGGAAAAGCUUUUAGUUACAAGGCAGCCCUCAGCAUUCAUCAGAGAAAUCACACAGGUGAGAAACCCUAUGAAUGUAAACACUGUGGAAAAGCUUUUAUCCAAAAGUCAUACUUCAGUAUUCAUCAGAGAAUUCACACAGGUGAGAAACCAUAUGAAUGUAAAGACUGUGGAAAAGCUUUUUACCAAAAGUCACACCUCUGUAGGCAUGAGAGAACUCAUACAGGUGAGAAACCAUAUGAAUGUAAACACUGUGGAAGAGCUUUUAGCAAAAAGUCAAACCUCUGCAGGCAUGAGAGAACUCACAAGGGUGAGAAACCAUAUGAAUGGAAAGAAAGUGGAGAAGCUUUUUCCGAAAAGUCAGAUUUCAGCAGGCCUGACAGAAUUCACAGAACUGAGAAACCAUAUGAAUGUAAAGAAUGUGGGAAAGCUUAUAGCGAAAAGUCAAACCUCAGCAGUCAUCAAAGAACUCACACAGGUGAGAAACCAUAUGAAUGUAAAGACUGUGGGAAAGCUUUUAGCAUAAAGUCGUGUCUCCAGAGUCAUCAGAGAACUCACACAGGUGAGAAACCUUACGAAUGUAAAGAAUGUGGGAAAGCUUUUAACCAAAAGUCAAACCUCUGCAAGCAUGAGAGAACCCACACAGGUGAGAAAUCAUAUGAAUGCAAAGAAUGUGGAAAAGCUUUUAGUGAAAAGUCAUACCUCAGAAGGCAUCAGAGAAUUCACACAGGUGAGAAGCCAUAUGAAUGUAAAGAAUGUGGAAAAGUUUUUAUCCGAAAGAUAUGCCUCACCAUUCAUCAGAGAACUCACACAGGUGAGAAACCAUAUGAAUGUAAGGAAUGUGGAAAAGCUUUUAGUUACAAGUCAAAUUUCAGCAUUCAUCAGAGAACUCAUACAGGUGAGAUACAAUAUGAAUGUAAAGAUUGUGGAAAAGCUUUUAUCGAAAAGACACGCCUCAGCAGGCAUCAGAGAACACACACAGGUGAGAAAUCAUGUGAAUGCAAAGAAUGUGGAAAAGCGUUUAGUGAAAAAUCGUACUUCAGAAGGCAUCAAAGAAUUCACACAGGUGAGAAGCCAUAUGAAUGUAAAGAAUGUGGAAAAGCUUUUAUCCAGAAGAUAUGCCUCAGCAUUCAUCAGAGAAUUCACACAGGUGAGAAACCAUAUGAAUGUAAAGACUGUGGGAAAGCUUUUAGUGGAAAGUCAUACUUCACCAUCCAUCAGAGAAUUCACACACGUGAGAAAUCAUAUGAAUGUAAAGACUGUGGGAAAGCUUUUAGCCGGAAGUCAUACUUCAUCAUUCAUCAGAGAAUUCACACAGGUGAGAAACCAUAUGAAUGUAAACACUGUGGUAAAGCCUUUAUUGAAAAGACACGCCUCAGCAGGCAUCAGAAAACACACACAGGUGAGAAAUCAUAUGAAUGCAAAGAAUGUGGAAAAGCUUUUAGUGAAAAGUCAUACCUCAGCAGACAUCAGAGAAUUCACAUAGGUGAGAAAUUGUGAGAAAGUAAACAAUGUGCUAACACAGUUCACUGGAUCUCACCAUAAUAGACAUGAACAAAUUCACACAUGGGAAAAUCUGAAUUAAUGUAAUGGCUGUCAGAAAAGGUUUUGCCAUAGGGCCAGCCCUGUGGCUCACUUGGGAGAGUGCAGCCCUGGUAGUGCUGAGGCCGUGGGUUUGAAUCCUAUAUAGGGAUGGCCAGUGCACUCACUGGCUGAGCAUGGCACAGACAACACCAUACCGAGGGUUUCAAUCCCCUUACCAGUCCGGAGAAAAAAGGUUUUGCCGUAAAUCACACCUCAUGCUUCAUCAGAGAGCUACACCAAGAAGAACCCUAUGAAUGCACAACUGUCCCUUGGUAUUGAAGGUUGGAUCCAGGAGCCCCUGUUGAUGAAAACACUUGCAAAUGAUCAAGCAGUUUCUAUAAAUGAUAUACUAUUUCAAUAUUACCUAUGAACUUUUUU